UUAAUCCACAAGUUAAAAUUAGAGCGUACUUUGGAAGGUCAUACUGGAUGUGUCAACACAUUGGCUUGGAAUAAAGUCGGAGAUAAACUUCUUUCUGGCUCAGAUGAUUGCUUAUUGAAUAUUUAUCAGCCAUACAGUUACAAGUUACUACAUUCCGUACCUUCUGGCCAUACUGCCAAUAUCUUUAGCGCCAAAUUUCUACCGAAUACGAACGAUCUCAAGAUUGUAUCAUGUGCUGGUAAUGGUAUAGUAUCUUAUUUGGAAUUAAACACUGCCGGUGGCUGCACUAAUAACAAUUUUUUUCGUUGCCAUGAUGGCACAACAUAUGAGGUCGUAACGAUACCCGACGAGCCUAAUGUCUUUAUGACAUGCUGUGAAGAUGGUAAAAUUCGACUAUUUGAUCUUAGAGUAAAAACAAGGUGUUCUAGCCAUGAUUGUAAUGAGGAUGUCCUAAUUAAUUGUCAUAGACCUACAACUGCCAUUGCUGUUGAUCCAUCGCGUUCAUUUCAGUUUACCGUUGGCUCGGAUGAUAGCUGUGCGCGAGUAUUUGAUAGAAGAAAUCUCAUUCGUGAGUCACGACAAGUGGGGUAA